GGGGCCAUGCGGCGGCCGGGCCCGGCGGAGCUGGCCGCGGAGGCGGCGGUGCGCGGGCUGCUGCUGGGCGCCUUCGCGAUCAUGGAAUUUUUGCCUCCGUUUCAGCGCGUUUUACAGCCCGAGGAAAUGUGGCUUUAUAAAAACCCGUAUGUAGAAGUGGAUCGUGUGCCCACUGUACCCAUGUUUUUCAUCUCCUUUAUGUCUCCCUUACUGCUAAUCGUUCUGGCGAGGUUGUUCAUGAAUGCUGACCAAGAGGACACACGGGAGGCCUGCCUAGCUGCCAGCCUUGCUCUCGUCCUGAAUGGGGUUUUCACGGACGCCCUGAAGCUGGUUGUGGGGAGGCCGCGUCCGGACUUCCUUUAUCGUUGCUUCCCGGAUGGACGAGUGAACGCUGAGCUGGUAUGCACGGGGGACCCUGGCAUAGUGGCCGAGGGACGCAAAAGCUUCCCCAGUGGACAUGCUUCAUUUGCCUUUGCUGGUCUUGCCUUCUCUGCCUUCUACCUUGCGGGGAAGCUGCACUGCUUCCUUCCAGGCCAAAGAGGCCGGGCCCUGCGGCUCUGUGCCUUCCUGCUCCCGCUGUUCUCCGCCACACUCAUUGCUCUGUCCCGCAUCUGCGAUUACAAGCACCACUGGCAUGAUGUGUUAGUUGGCUCAGCUAUCGGCUUUGUGCUUGCGUACCUCUGCUACAGGCAGUAUUACCCUCCGCUGAUGGACUCCAUGUGCCACAAGCCAUUCCUGUGCAAAUCCAAGGAACUUCCAGUGCACCAAGAAAAGCCAGAGACUUCCAGAUUUCACCUAGACGUAUAAUGACAGGGCAGGGGAAGGCUUUGGGGAAGUUGGUCGUGGUCCACAAGAAGUGACUCAAAUGAGGAUUAACUUGAAAAACAAACAAGAAUUUUCGGUUCUGUAAUGUCUUGCAGCGCCCUGCUCAGUGGGCCUAUGUUUAGUUUCACAAAAGUCUAUAGGUGUUCCUUCCUUUGGACCUGUUCUGAAGUGAGCUAGGUAUUCAGCAUCCAAGCCUGCAGGAGGAAUGCCUGGUUACAAUUUUCACAUCCUGAUGUGAAAAUUGGAAAAAUGUGACAAUUUGUGUGCCAUGUAUGGAUGGCUGUUCUUACAUCUAGUUUACAGUGAAAGAAUGCAGAAACCGUGAUCAGAUAUUCUCAUUCAGUUCAAUUGAACAUCCCUUUUCAUAGAAAGAAUAUGCUGAAGUGCAGGACUUGUCCCUUGUACUACAUUUAAGCACAUCUGUUAAAUCUCAGUUGAAUUAAUCUGGAGUAGUAAGUGCAAGGCUGCUGUCUUUAACCAUGUAUUUAAAGUGGGGAGAGGGAUGAUGAAACUAGAUUAUUUGUAUUACUGUACUAGCCUUGUUUUUAUUCUUAUUUGGCAAAUUAAAGAGGUUGAAUUUUUUAAA